UGGAGGUCAGUUUGAGUGGCAAGUUGUUUGUUACACUGUAACACCAGCUGCUUUCUGCACUCUGUAGCUUUUGCUGCCUCUGAGCUCGCUUAACCCCUUUUCCCUUUGGUUCUUGGCUUCGCUCUCCCUUUCCCCCGUCUUCUCUUGCUUUAAAUCUCUAACUUUCAGAUCGUUUUCUCCCACCCCAGUCCUCCCUCCCCUUUCCUGGAGCCUUAAAGGGGGAGAAGAAGAAAAUAAUAAUAAAAAAAACAAAGCCUCCCAUUUAAAAAAAAUAUUAGUCCUAAAAAAAUUAAACCCAAACAUAGAUGAACUACAAAUGAGAAAAAGGAAAAGAUGGAGCUGCACAUUUUAGAGCACAGGCUAAAAGUAGCCAGCAUAGCCAAGGAGAGCAUCCAGUUGUUUACCUAUGGAUUAAUCAAACUUGCUUUUCUUUCCUCCAAGACCAGGUGCAAGUUCUUCAGCCUCACAGAAACGCCAGAGGACUACACGAUCAUUGUGGACGAAGAGGGGUUUCUAGAGCUUCCUUCAUCAGAACACUUGAGCGUGGCAGAUGCUACGUGGCUGGCUCUCAAUGUUGUUUCAGGCGGAGGUAGCUUCUCCAGCUCCCAGCCCAUCGGAGUGACCAAGAUCGCCAAGUCCGUAAUAGCACCACUGGCUGACCAAAACAUCUCCGUGUUCAUGCUGUCCACCUAUCAGACGGACUUCAUCCUGAUACGCGAGCGGGACCUGCCCUUCGUGAUGCACACGUUGGCUGCGGAGUUCACCAUCCUCAGGGUCGUGAAUGGGGAGACGGUGGCUGCAGAUGACUUCGGGAUAACAAAUGGGUUCGUCAAGCCAAAAUUGGUUCAGAGGCCUGUUAUCCACCCUCUUUCCAGUCCAAGUAAUAUGUUCUGUGUCACCAGCCUGGAUCCAGAUACCCUUCCAGCUGUAGCUACGCUGCUAAUGGAUGUCAUGUUUUACUCCAAUGGAGUGAAAGACUCAGCAGUGGGCAGUGAAGACUCUGGACACAUUCGCUUUUUCUCCUUCUCUCUCAUUGAGGGUUAUAUCUCCUUGGUGAUGGAUGUACAGACGCAGCAGAGGUUUCCUAAUAAUUUGUUGUUUACAAGUGCAUCUGGAGAACUCUGGAAGAUGGUUCGGAUCGGUGGGCAACCACUUGGCUUUGAUGAGUGUGGAAUUGUCGCUCAGAUUUCUGAGCCUUUGGCCGCCUCCGACAUCCCAGCCUAUUACAUCAGUACUUUUAAGUUUGACCACGCAUUGGUACCUGAAGAAAAUAUAAAUGGCGUAAUCAACGCACUCCAAGUCAGUCAAGCCGAAAAGCAUUAGAAAUCUUCUGAGCUGGUUGCAGAUGCUUUUUUAUUCUUCUUCUUUUUCUCACAGUAUUUCUUGAAAAAUCUGACUCCGGAGAGAGAGAUUGAAGUGCCAUGAAAAAGAGACUGUGAACUGAUGAGCAGAAGCAGCUCCAACAAGCUUUUUUUUCCUGCCCCCCUCCCCCCCCGCCCCUAAGUGGGGAGGGCCGGGGGUUGUUCUGAUGGCUUCCUGAUGUUAGGCUCCAAAGCAAAACGCUCUCCUGCUUUUUUUGGUGAGAAAGGAAUUGCACGUAGAUGUGCAGGCUCUCCCGGAAAUGCAGAGGUAUAGACAGAUCGCAUACACCGUAGCUUUAGGGGGAGCUUCAAAACAACCCCCGAGGGGAAAGGGCUGCUUUUUUUUUUUUUUUUUUUUUUUUUAAAGCAGAACGCAUGGAAAACACAAUGGAAAGCAAUGUGGAAUUAAAAGUGAAAACAGAAUGUUGAAUCAUAUUGAUCUUUCUGCAAGCACCAGACUGUAUAAAAUGGUAACAAUCCCUUCUGAUCUGCAUUCAGCUAAGAUAGUAAGUGGGUACUCUGUCUGUGCACGGUUCAGGGUGAGGGCAUGGAGAAUAAGCUGUUUUGUUCCUUCUGCAAUUCAGAAUUGGCUGCACAGAGAACAUUGCAGCCUGGUUCUUUAUCAAGGGCUGUCUUCUGCCGACAUGUUCGUCGGGGGGCUUCUGUGUCCUGUUGAAGGCAUGUGUAUUAGCUCCAUUUUCCAUAGUCCCCCUAACGUCCUCUUACUACGACAUUGGGUCCAGGAACCCUUCCAAGCCCAAGGAAGUUUGAUUUAAUAUCAUCUCAUGCCCCCCUGCCCUUUUCCCCUAUCCUGAGGCUCAUAACAUUGAGGGUGGUUGCCAUGAGGCCUACUUGCAUAACAAGCCGAAUAGAGGCAGGUGAUGAAGACUCAAAUCCACUCUUUUCCAUUUCUGCUGAGCCACUUCCCCUCUCCCGCUGCUGUUCCGCCACAUCUCUAGUCACAAGGGUGAGGCAGCUCAUGGUCCUGAGUUCCUGGCUUUCUCAAAUUAGGACUCUUCACAGAAGCAACAUUGGUAGCUCCUGGCUCCCUGGCCUUUCUAGGAUUGCCAGAUACCUUCACAAAAAAUCCCGAACAUGGCGGGAAAAAUAUUGGUUGAGCAAAAAAAAAAAAAGGGGGAGGGGACUAAACUUUUUGAGAAGAAAAAAAAACCAACGGAGACCAAACUUGUUGAGGGGGAAAAGUGGGGGGGCAUAAUGCCUUUAAAUUCCCGCGCUCCCCCUGCCAGACGCAACAGGGGUAACAUGUCCCCCGGCCUUCCGUCCAAGAAAAACAGAAAAUAUCGAACGUUUUACAUGUCCGGUAUUUUCUGAUUUAUUUUUUUUUACCGGACAGAAGUCACAAUUAAAUCGAACACCUGGCAACCCUAGGCCUUUCGACUGCUACACAUGUUCUUUUGUGGGCGGGGCUCUUGAUGAACGCGUUGCCAUCCUGCAAAACGGUUGGCCAGAGCAGGCGAUGUUUUUACCCGUGCCCUUGGGAUCCUAUUGAUUUAUGCUGGAUAAUGUCUUUGGUAGAACAUGGCUCUGGUUUGGUGGCAAAGGUAGGUUUCGAUCCAGUGGGAGUCUUUUCACUGACUUCAGUGGCUUUAGAGUGGCCCGCAGGGCUUGGACUUUAGAAACAGGAUCGAGUCCUACAGAAAUGCCCCGACACAUAGGGUCAUUGGUCUGGCUCCUUAUUACCAGUUUUUUUAGAGGAAAGUGAUGUUGGUCUUUUACAGACAGCCCUCUGGUCUGCAGUCCCGCCCGGAGCUGCGUACAUUUUGACAUCCCUGUGCUAAAGAACCAAUGAGGCCAAUGUUCUUCCGGGCCCCACACAUCGUCAGCCUGCUUCCAAACUGGCACGAGUCAGGACGGGGUAAAGCCAAGGUACCCAGCUGAUGGGGAACACAGAAUGGAGAGGGCAAGCAUCACUUACGAGUCUGCAACGGAAGCCCCUGAUGUGCGAUAUGUUGGCAACAAACCCACACUCUGAUGAGACACAGGCCUUGUCAAUGCUGACCCCUGCUGUCGAUCUAAUCUCUGUGGCUUUAGCUAUGCAAGUCGACGUACUUACCGUGGCAUCUUCUGUGCGGUGAGGUUGGCCAGGGCUGCCCUUCCAUCGACUCUGGUGGUUCUUCUCAUCAUGAAGGAGUACCAGAGUUGACGGGAGAGCGCUCAGAGAUUGAUUUAUCGCAUCUAAGCAGACACAAUAAAUGGAUGGCCAGUGGAUCGAUCGCCACAGAGUGGAUCCACCGCAUAGUGGAAACAAGCCCAUAGAAAUGGCAGAGAUUGGGACUGUGAGGAGGAAGGCUGCAUUCAAAGAACCCUUGUUUUAUAGUUGGGAAACUGAAUUUCUCUUGCCAUCUUUUGGCCUGUUUUACCUCUUCUCCCCCCACCCUCUUUCCUUAAUUAAAAAAUUGUACAUCCUGUAACUUUAGUGAGGAUUUACAAUCCCCUAGAACUUUAGAGAGAACCAUUAACACCCCCUGCAUCUUACGGAUUUUCUCUAGGCUUUGGCUUCAUUCUGUUAAAUGCUGUUAAACAGGCAGCUGCUACCAACGAGUACAUGUGACAGUCAUACGUGUGUGUGUAAUUAUUCGCUACCUACAUAGAUACACACAUGCUACUUCCUGUAUUAUUCAGAUUACUCAAGGAUUGUGACGGACUGGGUAUUAAGGAUUCGUUAUCUGGUUUAUCCGAAAGCUCGCUCUAGCCCUGAUGUUGCAAUGCCCACAAAAUUAAUGGAGGAUUCUUUGGGAGAUUUUUUUAAAUCAGCCAGUCACCCAGUUGAUGGAACUCAAGCGUCUUUCGGCAAUAACAUGGAUCUCUUUCCUUUUUAGACCUUAAUUCAGUCCACCCUCUCUACGUGGUUAAACCCUUCUCUUUGAACACCUGCUGAUGUUCCAGUGACCUCAGCAUAUGCUCAAGGUUAAGCACGUUCUUCAGGGCUUCACUGAAUAGGGGCCUUAAAAAGAACCUUUUGGUUUCCCUUUAGGUGGCUUUCCAACCACUCCCUGGAGAACUAGAGGAACUGCAGACUUUGGGGGUGAAUGCUAAUUACAGACACAGCACCCUGUGUCUCUGGAUAUUUGCUUACAAAGCUCCUUUCCUCAUGCUCUUUGGCAGCACAUAUGCAGACUCAGGCUCAGGCUGUACAAUGUGAUUUUUAAAAACAUCCCACCUACUGUUUUUAAAACUGUGAUGCUCCUGAGAGCCUUUCUGUCAAGCCACGGUCUCCUGAAGUCUGGCUGAGUUGUGAGAAGGUUUAUGGGGGUUGGUUUGGUCAUUUUUCAGUGUGUAGGUGUUUUCAUCCAUUGGAACAGUGACUGUGUCCCUUUGGGGCGCUAUGGAUUUAUUUAGCCAUGCACAGAUGUCUUGCCUGCUAGAAGAGAUCGCAACUACCGUGUACUGCUUCCCAUUUCAGUUCUUUAAGCAGCAGAGCUGCAGAUAGUUUUGCAAUGUUGUGGGGUUCGACAAUUUUGCUUAUCAAGAUUAGUACCUAUUGGAAAACGAUUAUUAAUCAGUUGACACUCUGGAGAGCCAUUCCAUUUGUUAUUCUCACCGAGUGAUGCUGCUUCCUAAGGGCGAAGACAUUUAUAUGAAGGGAUUACUUGAACCGAGCAGCAGCUUUACUGCCUUAACUGAAAGAGAAAAACAAUGAUCUUGUUUUGAUUGUGAUUUACACUGUUCCCUCAGGCUAUUUUAGAUGACAGUUGUGUUGUUUGUUUUUUCAGGGAGUGGGGCCUUAAGUUUAUGAGAUUUGCAGAUGUCUCUGGGGUGCUUUAAAACUCUCUUCCCCUGCCAGGUUGAUACCCUGUCCUAGAAGUGUUAGCCUGGAAAAGUCAGGAGGUGUGUGAUGAAAUUAAGUGAUGCAGUAUCUCUAAAGUUACAUGGGGAUUGGCUGUUUUUAACCCUCUUUUUGUCUUCGUGACCCCCGAAAGCCUGGAUUGUUUUGUACAACUGGGUCUGGAUCAUUUGACAUGGUAGUAAAGUGCAAUAGACAAAGUUGCAUGAUAACAAUAAGAACUGAGCUGUCAUUUCCAGCUUGGGAAAUCGUAACUGAUCAAGCUAAUAUGCUAAAUGGAGCCAUGUAGCCAGGGGGGCCAAGGCGCAGCACAGGUUUGCUGCUGGCAGAGUCUAUAUCCGGAUGGGAUCUUACUCAAAGCAGGUAGCAAGUCCGCUGCCACUACAACUGUGCUGCUCUUUGUAGCGUGCUAGCGUGAGCAGAGCUAAUGUGGGUAUGUCAAGUCGCGCUGGGACUGACACUUCCAGUGCCAGCGUAGAUGUACACAAAGAAACGAGCAAAACAAUCAGGCAUGGUGCCAGGAUGGGGCCUUGAACAACCUAGAACUAGUUCAAGACGGGAAUGGGAUCUUCGUGGCUUUAGCGUAUCUUUGUAAUUGGCAUGAACCGAAACCUCCGACUCAAAUUUGGGGAGAGUUCAGAUCCAUCUCUAGUUGGUACAAGGGCUGUGUUGUGCUUGUAUGGUGCAGCAGCCGCUAACUCUGCAAGCAACACUUGCUCGGUGGGGUGAGGCGGGUGGGGGGGAGUCUCCUAAAACAGUGGUUCCCAACCUGUGGGCCACAGACCCCUAGUGGUCCACAACAGUACUGCAGGAGGUCCGUGGAAAGUGUUAAAAUAAGGAUUGGGCCCAUUCAGGUGGGCACAAUCCUUAUUUUCUUUUUCUGUCCUUACUUUUCUUUUCCUUUUUUUUCCCUCCGCCACAGAGCAAAGAGGGGGUCCAUGACAUUUUAAUGGAUUGAGAAGGGGUCCAUAUGCUCGAAAAGGUGGGGAACCACAGUCCUCAAACAAUAUGUCAGAACCCUUCCUGGAACUAGUCCUUUUACCACCUGAGGAAACCCAAGGGUAUGUCUAGACUACAGAGUUUUGUCGACAAAAGUGGACUUUUGUUGACAAAACUAUACCUUUUGUUGACAUAACGUUGACAGAACUCGGCAGUUUUGUCAACAGUGGUAAACCUCAUUCUACGAGGAAUAACGCCUUUUGUCGACAGAGUUCUGUCAACAGAAAGUGUUAUUGCAUCUACACUGCCCUUUGCGUCUCCACUUUCAUGUCAACAAAGAGGCUUGCUUUAUCAACAGGACAAGUCUAGACGCUCUUUGUAGACAGAAGCU